UGCGAGUUGAUAAACAAAGAAAGGAGCUGUAACUGCUCUUUCUGUCACUGUUUUUGUUGGUUAUGCUCUUGAGAAAAAUUGAGGUUAGUUGGAAAACUACCAUUAAAUUUAAUUAUUUCCGAUAAUGGCGUAUUUGCUAAUAAAUCUUUAAUUGUGUUUCUUCUAAUUGUGAUACAGUUAAUAGCAUCUUAAAAUUGUUCAUCUAUUCUUGGUUGUUGCAGAAAAAGAACGGUUUCUAAAUCAAGAUCCAUGUCUCCUCAUUUAUCAACAAUUUUACCAACAAAGUGUUGCUUCAGAAUGCCCAAUGUGAAUUUAAUUGCCCAUCAAAUUAGCUAAAAUUGGUCAAAUUUGUAUCAACUAAUUUAAAAUUAGUGUUGAAUGUAAAAAGCUACAACUCCAAAAAAGCAGAUUUCUAUUUAAUCAUCUUGAUUGGAUUGAUCACGAUGAGAGGUCGUUUGAGCAUAUUAAUAUAUUCAUGCCAUGGCAAUAGAGGAAUCCUCAAUUUCAUCCUAUCUUUUCUCAUAAGUUUUACUCUUUGUUUACACUUUCGUACAAGUCUUUUUACCGUAAACCAUGACUGUGAUUCCAAGGAAAAAGAUACUGGAAACCAAAGAAAUUACAAUGUGGACCAAUCUUAUAAAUCAUUAUUACCUUUGAUUGAGCGACUAAGGACCAAUAAAGGAAAUGGUAAAUUAUUCAUUGGUGUAAUGACCGCCCAAAAAUUCAUCGAUGACCGAAUCUAUCACAUUAUGGAAACAUGGGGUCAAGAUGCUAAAGACUCUUUGGCCUUUUUCUCAAGCUCAUCUUCCAAGAGUAACCAUAAACUGCCAGUUAUCAACUUACCAACUGUUGAUGAUUCGUAUCCUCCUCAGAAGAAAUCAUUUCUCAUGUUAAAAUUCAUCCAUGAUCAUUUUAUUGAUCAUUAUGAAUGGUUUAUGCGAGCCGAUGAUGAUAUAUUCAUAAAUGUGCCCAAAUUGCUAAAAUUUCUUGGACAAGUUAAUUCAUCGAAGCCUCAAUUGAUUGGACAAAUGGGACUAGGAAAAGUGGAAGAGCUUGGACAAUUGGGUUUAGGUGAUGAUGACAACUUCUGUAUGGGUGGACCUGGUAUUAUUUUGAGUCGAGAAACCCUCAAAAAGAUGAUACCAAACAUUCAAUACUGCCUUAAACAUCUCUACUCAACACAUGAAGAUGUGGAAAUAUCUCGAUGUAUAGAUAAAUUUGUUGGCAUUUCUUGCACUCGUUCAUAUCAAAUGCAAUCACUUCUUUAUCACAAUUUUUCCGGAGAGAUUAUCUGGUCUAAUCGAUUGAAAAAGAUUCUCAAAACGGCUCUAACUCUACAUCCAAUCAAAAAUUCUCCGACAUUAUAUGAUAUUUAUUAUUACAAGAUGGAGCUCGAUCAUGAAAAUAUACGCAGCGAGAUUGUUAAAAGUCACCGCGCCAUCAAGAAAAUUGAAACUACUUUUGGUGAUUUGAUUGAAAAAGAGUUUAAUCUACCUUUGGAUAAUUUGAUACAUGGAAACUCUAGUUUGCUUGGAAAUCCUGUUGAAUUGAUACCAAAAGAGAGGGAAAAAGGCGACAAAUGUUACGAUAGAUCCAAUCUAAUUGCAUGGGAUUUCAUCGAUAAAUAUCAAUAUUCACUUAAAUCUAUGAACCCUAGACGUCGAAUGGAUGGACCUUUGAUUCCAGCUCUUGAGUCAAAUUUGCUUAACAUCGUUAAUUCUAUCAACAAAGCAUCUCAUCUUCGAGGUAGAAUAGUUGAUUACAACUCUCUCUAUUAUGGAUACUCUAAAGUUGACCCUCUGAAAGGAGUUUACUAUAUUCUUGAUCUACUUAUGACUUAUCGUCGAUACAAAGGCCGUAAACUGACAAUGCCUGUUCGAAAGCACACUUAUAUCAUGCAAACAUUUUCCAAUCCAAUUUUCAGAGCUAUUACCUAUGACAAACAAGCUUCCGAAAAGAUUGUCAACUUUGUUGUCCCACUUUCUGGAAGAUUCAAGCAAUUUAAUAGAUUCAUCAAUGAUUUCAUCAAUGUGUACAAAAUGGAUUCAAACAUUAACCUUGCAAUUAUAUUGUUUCCUGAUGCCGUCAAUUCGUACAAUUUCUCUAUUCAGACCAAAAAUGUAAUAACUAACCUGAUGAAUGUUGGAUUACCGAUUCGAUUUGCUGAACUUGGCGGUCAUUUUUCACGAGCAGCUGGCUUACAAAGAGGAGCUAGUUUAUUCGGUCCGAACGAGCUACUAUUUUUUGUCGACAUUGAUAUAACUUUUAAUGCUAAAGUUAUUGAAACUGUCCGACGUAAUACAAUUCAAGGGAAACAAGUAUAUUAUCCCAUUGUUUAUAGUCAAUAUAACGAUGAAUUUGACAUGGAUACUUCAACAGAUUCAUCAAACUUUGGACCAACAAUUGGUAGAAUUAAAAUUGAUUCAGAUCAUGGUUAUUGGAGACAAUUUGGUUUCGGGAUUGUGUCCAUCUAUAAUAGUGAUUUGAUUGCUAAUAACGGUUUAAAUUUAGCUAUACAAGGCUGGGGUAAAGAAGAUGUCGAUUUAUAUGAGCGUAUAGUUAAAUCAAACUUGACCGUCUUCAGAGCACCAGAUAAAGGGUUGAUUCACAUUUACCAUCCAACUGAAUGCAAUACUGAAUUACAUCCAACUCAGUAUGAAAUGUGCCUUGGAAGUAAAUACAGCAAUUUAGCGUCUAUCAAAAGUAUGGCUCAAUUUAUUGUGUCAAACAAAUUACUCUGAUUUUUAAAAUGUUUUUAAAAUUUUAGAUUUAGUGCCAAAUAUUGCCGAUAAACUUAUGAAUUUUUAUACACUCAGCUUAUAUGAACAUCUAUUUAAUGUAUUUUUAUCAAGAUUAUAUUAAAACUAUUUUAAUUUGGUCAAA